AUGGUAGUGACAUUUAGUAAACGAUGGACCUUAGGUCUGAUAAUGUUAGGUAUUGUCAUAAUACUAUGGGUCCUAUCAUCUUUCCUGAUAAACCUUAUCUUCGAAGACGAUUCCUAUAGGAAACCAUUUUUCAUUACAUACCUAAAUACUGCUGCAUUCAUAUUCUAUUUAUUACCAACGGGAAACUCCAUAUUGACAAACUAUAAAGAAACAGGGAAUUUUAAUAUACAUCAUGAAUUAAUAAUAGAAGAAGAAGGUGACCCGAAUGAUGAAAAUAGUUGGGAAUAUGCAGAUAUGCCCACGGGACAAGAACAAGAACAAGAACAAGAACAAUCAUCUACACCUGAAAUAGAAGGGGAUGAUCUUUUGAGUGUGAGGAGCCCAUUAAUACCCAAAGAUCAUCAGCAAAUUUCAACUUCAACGUCGAAUUAUAUAGAUGCAGAAAGAAAUAAUAAUAAUGUGUACACUACGAAUAGGAACAGUAGCACAGUUACCGCUCAUUUGAAAAGAUUAUCACUAAAAGAAACGAUCAAAUUAAGUGCAGAAUUUUGUAUCCUUUGGUUCUUAGCAAAUUUUGCUACAAAUGCAUCAUUAGCAUAUACAUCUGUCGCAUCACAAACUAUAUUAUCAUCGACAUCCUCAUUCUUCACAUUAUUUAUAGGUGCGUUAUUCCAUGUAGAAAUGAUCAACCCUUUGAAAGUUAUUGGAUCCACAGUAUCAUUUAUUGGUAUAAUGUCAGUGAUAGAAUCAGAUUCACAUUCAUUGCGUAAAGGAAGGCAUUUACCUACAUCUUCGUCUAUCGAUGAAAAUGGGAACGACACUACAAGGAUUCUUAUAGGGAAUUUAUUAGCCAUUGCUGGGGCGCUAUUCUAUGGGAUAUAUAGUACUCUUUUGAAAAGGAAAGUUAAGGAUGAAUCACGAAUAAAUGUUAAAAUCUUCUUUGGGUUUGUAGGUUUAUUCACUCUAGUGUUCUUGUGGCCCACUAUUAUAAUAUUACAUUAUUUAGGUUGGGAAUCAUUCGAGAUACCCACUGAUCCAAGAGUCAUUUGCAUUGUUCUCAUGAAUUGUAUGAUUACUUUCGUUAGUGAUUUUUGUUGGGCAAAGGCAAUGUUAUUGACAAGUCCCUUGACUGUCACUGUGGGGUUAAGUAUUACGGUCCCGUUGGCAAUGGUGGGGGAUCUUAUCUUCAAACAUAAAUCAAUGCCAUUCUUAUAUUUGAUUGGAGCAACAUUAAUCUUGGGUUCGUUCUUCAUUAUCAAUGAGAGUUCAGCAGAAGAUAAUUUGGAUCAAUUGAUCAAUGAGAGGGAAAGAAGUGCAGAUGUUGAAGCAUCUACCGUUACAUAG